UUUAUAUUGAAGAAAUGCUGAAAGAAUUUGAGUUUGAGUUUAAAAAGAAGCAUUCUGAGACAAAAAGAUUGGCACAAAGCAAGAAGUUGUUAAGCAAAAAUGAUGGCAAAGUGCCUGUAAUUAUUGAAAAAUACAAAAACGAUAGUACGAGCCAUAACCUGCCAACCUUGUCUCAAUCCAAGUUUCUUUUCCCUGGUGAUUUCACUUACCUUGACUUUUUGCAAAUAAUCAGGUGUAAACUGAGCUUAUCUGAGAAAGAUAGCAUAUUCUGCUUCUUUAAAAAUGGAAGACUUUGCCAAGGGACUAAAACUCUCAAGGAUAUUUACAACGAAGACAAAGAUUCUGACGGUUUUCUAUACUGCAGCUAUACUUUUGAGAAUACUCAAGGAUAAAUAACUUUCCUAAAGGAGGUUGGUUUAUUUUCAUUGAUUCAAUCACCCUAG